AUGGGUGUGAGCACAAUUUUCUCAUCAUCUGCUCGAUUUGCCCUGCGGCAUGCGGCCAAGGCAAGUCCUUGCCCCAUGAGCAAAGCAUUCAUCUCAACGAACCAACACAAUGUACCUAGUCUAUUGACCCUCGCUACUGUGCGACCCGAGCAAUUAGAUGCCAUUCUGCAGCACUCGGCCACCUUGAAGCACAGAGCCAAGUUUACGGCCUUGGGCUUGUCUGACAUCGAAUCGUCCCUCGACAAGAAAACGAUCGCUUUAAUCUUCAGCAAACGCAGCACGCGAACACGUGUGGCAAGCGAGUCAAGUAUUGCAGCUUUGGGUGGACAUGCUAUGUUUUUGUCGCCGUCUGAUAUCCAGCUGGGUGUGAAUGAAAGCUUGUAUGACACCGCUUUCGUCGUGAGCUCCAUGGUCGACGGCAUCAUGGCACGUGUCGGGGGACAUGACGAAAUUGAGAUGCUUGCGCGCAAUUCAAAAGUGCCAGUGAUCAAUGCACUUUCGAGUCUAUUCCAUCCCACGCAGAUCUUAGCAGACUUGCUCACGAUCCUCGAGGUCGGCGGCGUGCAAGGGCCAUUGCCGCUCCUUCAGACGCUGGCUGGAAAAAAAGUUGCGUGGGUUGGCGACUCGAACAACAUACUGAACGAAAUGCUCGUGACAUACCCUCGACUGGGCGUGCACGUGAGUGUCGCUGCUCCUCAAGGUGCUGCGUACGAACGCAAUCCUGUCGUUUGGGAUCUCAUGACCCGUGGCCUUACAACACUUCCGCAACACAUGCCUCGCGGAGAAGUCGAAUGGUGUCAUGAUCCAGUCCAUGCCGUCAAGGAUGCCGACUACAUUGUGACCGAUACUUGGUACGUGCGCCAGCUUGGAGCUCGAGCCGCUGACGUCUACACAGGAUUUCAAUGGGUAUUCUAUGGUUCUCGCUCACUCGUGUUCCCUGAGGCGGAGAACCGCAAGUGGACCAUCAUGGCAUGUUUCGACUGGCUCUUUGGCCGCCGAGAAUUGUAG